ACUCUAUCCUGGUCUGAAUGUCCCUAAAACAUCUCAACUGUGUCGAAAUUAAAACCCGCCACCAAAACUCAGAAACUUGCAUGAUCGACACGCGUCUUCCUCAAUCUUCUGAGCUUCGUCUUCAUAAAGCCUCACCAACGCCACUCAUUACCACAACCAGAAAAUAACCCAGAAGCACCUUCGGCGAAGAGAGGAAGAAACAGAGAGCAAAGAUGGGGAAGAAAGAAGCCCUUGUGAUGCUGUUGAUUAUUGCUGUUCUGGGAAAUGCGAUUGGGAUUAAGGAGGAAGCAGAAGCAGAAGAAGAAGAAGAAUGGUGGAGAGAGAGAGAGGAAGAGAGGGAGUUUAGAAGUAAAGAACGGUUUCUGCUAGAGGAUUCGAAGCGGGUGAUAGAGACAGAAGCAGGAGAAAUGAGGGUGAUUAGAAGUCCGGCUUCAAGAAUUCUUGACAGGCCCAUGCAUAUCGGCUUCAUCACCAUGGAACCUAAGUCCCUGUUCGUCCCUCAGUAUUUGGACUCCAGCUUGAUUCUCUUUGUCCGCAGAGGGGAAGUGAAAGUGGGAUUGAUUUACAAAGACGAGUUAGCAGAGAGGAGGAUGAAGGGCGGAGAUGUGUACCGGAUCCCAGCCGGUUCAGUAUUUUACAUGGUGAACGUAGGGGAAGGACAGAGACUUCAAAUUAUCUGCAGCAUUGACAAAUCUGAGAGCUUGAGUUAUGGUACUUUCCAGUCCUUCUUCAUCGGCGGAGGAACCUAUCCGGUAUCAGUUCUAGCAGGUUUCGACCAGGAUACAUUGGCUACAGCAUUUAAUGUUUCCUAUACAGAAUUGAGGAGGAUUCUAUCUAGGCAACGACAGGGUCCAAUCGUUUACAUCUCGGAUACUGAAUCGCCGGGGGUUUGGAGUAAGUUUCUACAGGUGAAAGAUGGAGACAAAGGAAAUAAAAUAGCUACCAUCAAUGAAGAUGGCGAAGAAGCAGAGAAGAAUAAGACAUGGUCAUGGAGGAAUCUCAUGAGUUCGAUCUUUGGAAACGAAAAUCGGGACAAAACUAAAAGAACAAGAACAGGAAAAUCCCCCGAUUCGUACAACCUCUACGACAAAACCCCAGACUUCAGCAACGCCUACGGAUGGAGCGUUGCCCUAGACGAGCACGAGUAUUCUCCUCUAGGUCACUCCGGAAUCGGAGUUUAUCUCGUCAAUCUCACAGCGGGAUCCAUGAUGGCGCCACACAUAAAUCCAACCGCGGCAGAGUACGGCAUCGUCCUCAGAGGCACAGGCACAAUACAAAUCGUAUAUCCAAACGGAACCUCCGCCAUGGACACAGAAGUAACCGAAGGGGACGUAUUCUGGGUUCCAAGAUACUUCCCAUUCUGCCAAAUCGCAUCGAGAACAGGUCCAUUCGAGUUCUUCGGAUUCACCACGUCAUCGCGCAGGAAUCGACCGCAGUUCUUGGCCGGUGCGAAUUCGGUUUUCCACACUCUAAGAAGCCCGGCAGUGGCAUCAGCAUUCGACAUAACAGAGGACGACCUCGACCGGUUGCUGAGCUUGCAGCACGAGGUGGUGAUUCUGCCGUCAGCGGAGAUUGCGCCGCCGCACAAGGAGGAGGAGAAGAGGAGGAGGAGAGAGGAAGGAAGGAGGGAGAGGGAGAGGGAAAGCGAAAGGGAAAGGGAAAGGGAAAGGGAAACGGAAGAAGAGUGGACGAGGCGAUUAGGAGCGGUUUGAUUAAUGGAAAAAUGGCGGGAAAUAAAAAUAUAAUUUCCAUUGCUUUUUUU